GAACCAUGCAGAUUUGGUAUGCAUUCUGGACGAUUUACUUUAGAUUUGUACGUACACCCCAUGAGAUGUAUACUAAUUACGCUAUGGUACACCCGUACUACGUGUGCAUCACUUUACGUUAAAUUUAAAAUCAUUGUUUAUACAACUUAUCUCUAUGUACUGACUGUUGCCUUUGAACUUGUCUUGGAGUUGCUACUUUGAAGUUUGAACAGGGAGGUGCUUUGAAUAAUUUGACUGUGUUUGAAGGUGUGGAAUCUGUGACUUGGACCUGGAAGGCUGACGGUGUUCAUACAAAAUCUCUGAUCCAGGGUGCUAUCUGCCAUUUGGACUGAAGAAAGUUUUUGGAGUGACAGGCGCUAUCUCCAGUGUAACAGUUGCUGUAUCUGGAGGAAGAAAAGUGUCGAGAGUAUACGAGCUUCUUGUGGAUCAAGGUGAUGAAGAGUGCAUUACUGACAUGCCAAACCAAUCAACCAAGAAAAGGGACGGAAGAAAAUGUACCAGAUCAAAGAAGAGAUCAAGGAUUUGCGAAUGUACAGAGUUCAUGCUGGUGGCAAGAAAAAAGAACAAGGUAAAGCAAGGAACAAGAAAGACAAGAACAACUAAAGAAGAUAAAACGUCAAAGAGAACCUUGCCAUGUCCAUCAAAUCAGGCUGAUGUUAAAAUGAAGCAUGUGUUCAAGAAGUGUAGAUCCAAAUGGCAGUUAGAAGAAGAAAUUGAUGAAGUAGUGGAUAAGUCUCCUGAAACAUUUCAAGAUCAUGUUGACCCAAAGGGAAAAAAACGUAGGCUUACGCUGGAGACUGAAGCAGUCGAGGUUUCCUGAUUUGUAACGGACACAGUGUUGUACUUCGUACUCAAAGCUGGCAAGGUGUGUACAAGCAUUGCAUGAGGUUAGCAAAAUCAAUGGGAUGCCCCCUUCACACCGAAUAUGAAGUAACUAGUGUAUGUGCUAAAGCAACUUCCGAUAACUUCUUCAAUAGACUGCAAAGCACAACGUUACAAAGCUCACUUCUAGAACCCUAGUCACCAAUGACAGUGCACCACCAUAUUCCUUUGCUCACCAGUUGAAACAAACUACCGCCCUCGAGUCAGAAGGCUGUCCUCAUCGUCCAACACACAGCGGUAACAUCACCCCAGGACUUCAGCCCUCCGGUGAUACCUGGUUCAGCGAAGACUAGGCCUUGGGGAGUGUUUACGGCUCUGUCACCAAAACAGCAUUGUGGCAGAAGUAUGGAACACCAGCAUAUACAUGGAAUGUAUCGGGACCUUUACAGGAUAACUUCUUCAAUAGACUGCAAAGCGCAACGUUGCAAAGCUCACUUCUAGAACCCUAGUCACCAAUGACAGUGCACCACCAUAUCCCUUUGCUCACCAGUUCAAACAAACUACCACCCUCGAGUCAGAAGGCUGUCCUCAUCGUCCAACACACAGCGGUAACAUCACCCCAGGACUUCAGCCCUCCGGUGAUACCUGGUUCAGCAAAGACUAGGCCUUGGGGAGUGUUUACGGCUCUGUCAUCAUAACAGCAUUGUGGCAGAAGUAUGGAACACCAGCGUAUACAUGAUAACUUCUUCAAUAGACUGCAAAGCGCAACGUUGCAAAGCUCACUUCUAGAACCCUAGUCACCAAUGACAGUGCACCACCAUAUUCCUUUGCUCACCAGUUGAAACAAACUACCGCCCUCGAGUCAGAAGGCUGUCUUCAUCGUCCAACACACAGCGGUAACAUCACCCCAGGACUUCAGCCCUCCGCUGAUACCUGGUUCAGCGAAGACUAGGCCUUGGGGAGUGUUUACGGCUCUGUCAUAACAGCAUUGUGGCAGAAGUAGCCUCGAUCUCCACCAAGACAUUUGAAUGCCACCCUGUAUGGCUCGGCAUACUUUUUUUUUUUAUUCAUACUAACGUGUGUUCAUGUCCAUUUUUCCACCUCUGACUUACAUUUAUUUUCUGAUACCAUGUUUCUGUGUGAUUUUAGUCUUAUUUUUUUACUGGUAUGACAAUGUAAACAUAUACUUUUGUUCCACACAAGAUAUUUUGGGAUUUUGUGUGCACUUCCAUGUAACUACAUGUAUUUUUAUACCAUAGUUUUUGUUUCUGAUUGUUCAAUUCCUUUUACGCUCUCAUUCCUUUAUAGUUGUAUCUUAUUUGAGACAGAGGAAGAGAUAGGGUGAAUAGUAGAGAGAGAGAGAGAGAGAGAGGGGGGGGAUGCAGAAACAAAGCGCCAUUCAUGAUGAAUUUUAUUACAUUUGUGUUUUAACUUUGCACAUACAUUGCAAGAUUUUGGGAAUUUAACACGUUUAUUUUUCUGUAAGUUUGUAAAUCCUUGUAUUCACACAGUGUUUUGAGUGAUAUAUUGUAAAGAUAGAUCUUAUGCAUGCUCCUUGGGGAAAUGAAGUUAUACAUGCAUGUCACUUAUCUUAUCUUGGCAUUACCAUAAUUCUUAUAUUGGUUGAUGUUGCUGAUAUAUGAAACAGAAUCUGAUGGAUAUCAUUGAUAACAGUUACUGUUUGUCUUCUUUUUUACAUCAGGAUAACAGAUCUUAGUAGUACAGCGAAAGACAAUUCACUGUAAUUUGUUAUAUUGUCAUAUAUUACACGAUUAUGAUUUUCAAUGGCACAUGUUUGUACACUACAAUUUUAUGUCUUUAGAGGUCACAUAUCCAGUUUGUUUCGUGAAUAGUCAAUAUUGGAUUAUGAUUAUAAUGUCAGUUUGUUUGCAACAUUUACCCCAUAUAUAGUGGUACCUUACGAUCAACUGUCAAUAUCUACUGCAUUCACUAUACAUAGCAGUGUCUUGCUUGCUGUAACAAAGAGGUAUAUAGGGCUGUUAGGGAUUAUCCAUAAUGUACAUUGUUUUUUAGUUUUAUUGUUAUUGUGUUUACCUGAACUUAUAUCUCAAUUGCUAUGUAGGGGGCCUUUCAUAUAAUCAGUAGGUAUCUUGUUUAUGUACCUGUUUUAUAUAUGUAUUCCAUUUCUGCCAAAUAUAUAUACAUGUUAAAAUGCCCUUUUCAGAGAUUUCUACAAUGCUGCUCUUUUCAGUAUGUGCUUUUAUUUUAGUAUAUCAAAUUUAAUUGGAUAUGCUGUUUUUAAAAUCUAUUUCUUUUAAAAUGUGUUUGAAGAUGAUAGGUGAUUACCAUUUGUAAUAUUGCAUUGCGGUUCUCUUUUAGAUCGCCAAGGAAAUAGCAUGAUGUUAAGUUUGUGCAGAAUGUCAUUUACAUGCAUGUAGAUAGGUCUAUGCAAUUUAGCUUUGACUUUGGUUUGAUAAGCUUUGUUUAGUGCUUUGAACAUGAUUUUAACAAUGAA